AUGUCAAGUCAUAAUCCUCCAAGUAUUCCAACAAUAUUUUCUUGCAGCUACUGUCCUAAGAAGUUCCAGAAUGCUCAGGCUUUAGGUGGCCACCAAAAUCCGCAUAAGCUCCAGUGUAAUCUUGGGAAGAGGAAUCAAGAGGUUGCUCUAGCAAAAAGCCAACGGAAAGAUGAAAAUUCAGGGGUGAAAGUGGGAAUCUUCACUCUGCUGAAUUUGGCAAUAGUGGUGUUCCACGAGGAAAGAAGCAUGGUGAAGAGGUUUGACGAGUACUGCAGAGGGCAAGUGCUUCAACAGUAG